AUGUUUCCAGUGUCGUACGCCUUGAUCGCCGCAUCGCUUCUGGUGCUCUUCUUGUACAGGAGGUCCAAUCCACUGUAUCGGAUUCCUGCUGUCGGGUAUUCAGCUCCCUUGUUGUCAUACAUUGGGGCGAUACAGUUUAUGAGGCAUGGCCGAGAAAUCCUUCAGGAGGGAUAUGCGAAGCACAAGGGAUCGGCAUUCAGAAUUACAAUGCUGGACACUUGGGUCGUUAUCCUGUGCGGUGCCAAGUUGAACGAGGAACUUCGCAAGCUCCCCGACGAUCAAAUGUCAUUCAUACAUGCCAUUGAAGAGCUGGUGCAAACCAAAUACACUAUUGCUCCGAAUGUCAUCGACAUGCCGAUCCAUAUUGCGGUUAUUAAGGGCCCACUGACCCGCAACAUUGCGAGUCUUCUGCCAGAUGUCGUUGACGAGAUUCGCGUUGCCACAGAGGACUCGAUUCCCAUUCACGGGGAUGAAUGGACUAGCGUCCCCGCACUCGAUACGAUGAUGCAAAUCGUUUGUCGUGCUAGCAAUCGUGCCUUCGUUGGCCUACCAAUGUGCAGGAACUCUGAAUUCCUCAAGACGGUGCUUGAGUUUCCUCGCAAUGUGGGGUUGGCGAGAUUCACCCUUGGGCUUGUCCCUUCGAUCUUCAAGCCGUUGGUUGGACCAUGGCUGCCCUGGCCUCGACGGUCGCUCCGCAAGUUCUCAGCAUUGAUGGAGCCCGUCGUAGAAGAGCGGCUCCGGCUGCUGCGAGACCAUGGCAACGACUGGUCCGAGAAGCCUAACGACUAUUUGACUUGGCUGAUCGAGGAAUCCCGAUCCAUCGGGCAACCACUCGACCUUAUCGUCAAUGCGAUGCUAACGUCGAACUUCGUUGCCGUGCACACGUCGUCUACCAGCAUCACGCACGCUUUGUACCAUCUAGCAGCCAAUCCGGGGUACAUACAUCCCCUCCGGGAAGAGGUUGAGAGCAUUGUUCGGACUGAUGGCUGGACUAAGCCAGCCGUGAGCAGGAUGAUGAAGCUGGACAGCUUCUUGAGAGAGUCUCAGAGAAUGAACGGGAUUAGCGGAGUCGGGGUCAUUCGCAAGGCAAUGAAGGACGUCAUCCUAUCUGACGGUACCGUCAUACCUGCUGGUACUCUCUGUGGAGUGGCUGCAGAGUGCACACAUCUUGAUGAAGACAGCUACGAUGACGCGGCCGUAUUCAAACCAUUCCGAUUCGCGGAUAUGAGGGAGGACGAAAGCGAGCGUAUCAAGUAUCAGUACGUCAAUACGUCCCCGGAGUAUGUUGCGUUCGGUCACGGGAAACACGCAUGCCCGGGGCGCUUCUUUGCGGCGUAUGAGCUGAAGGUUGUUCUUGCUAUACUGCUCAUCAAGUACGAUGUCAAGCUUGAGGGCGACUCUGGACGACCCUCAAAUCAAUGGCGUGGCGCGUCCAUCCUUCCUAACCAGAGCGCGAAUGUCAUGUUUAGAAGACGUCAAGGACUCCAGUCGGCUUUGUGA